GUCCUUCAAAAGCCACCACCGUUCUUCGCAUCUUCCUCCCCACGCUCCUUGCCUACAACCAUGUCCUUGCCGCUGCUCGUCAGCGGUGCAGACUGCGGUCCCUCCAACCCCCUCCAGGGUCUAUCCAAGAGGUUCGAUCAAGAUCGGGGCAUCCAGCAGGACCAUUUCGGGGCCGGCCGUGCUGGUUCUUCCAAAGAGACCUUCCGUUCGCAAUAUUCUGCUGCUGCCGGAUCCAGCCAAGAUGCAGCACAAUUCUUCUCGUCAUCGCAGACAUCUCCGAGUCUCCUUGCUGGCCCGUCCGCCUUCGACUUCUCCGCUCUGCACGCAUCGCUGCCUCCGCCGCAUCUGCAAUCGCCCGUUCCAUCGCCUCAGACGCACACUCCGCUGUCUCCUGCCGCCUGGGCGACCGACUUCCUGCAGCAACCGGCCAAACAAUCGUCUGCCUCUCAGCUGUCUCUUGGUGCUCUUGCUCAGCGCUCCUCUGUCGAUCUUGCCCAGGAGUCUGUCACGCAUGUCCAGCCACAGCAGUUCACGCCGGGUGGCUUCUCGCAGAGUUUCCGCCCUUGGAACUCCAUGUCUAUGGGAUACAACGUGGGAACACUCUCCCCAACCAGCAUGAUGCCUUUAGGAAUGACUACGCAGGUCCAAGCGGCAGGUCACAAAGCUGAUGCAAUACAAUGGGAGCAAGUGUUUGAAUCACAUGAAGCUGCUUUGAAUGCUUCGGAGACAGUCGUGCAAGAGGCUCCCGCGACCGAGCAGGCGAACAACACCUCUCCACAGAACGUCGGUGACGACGAGCUUGCACGCACUGCAGGCAGGCUCAUGGAGACGGUCCGGAGUGAGCAAAACCCAAAGUUCAAGAACAGCCAGUUCAUGGGCCUCAUGCGGCAACUCCGCGAUGGCGAGGUCGUCGUCGAGGGUGAUAAAAUGGUACCGAAGGAUCCAACGUCCUCGACCGGGGCAAGUGCGAGCAACUGGGCUAAUGAGUUCAAGGGUGCUUCGGACGCGAAGGGAAAAGGCCGAGAGAUGCCGCUUUCCGCAGCUGUAUCCGAAGCAAUGAUACCGCAGGCCGUGGGAACAGCAUACAGGUCCACGCCGCAAACUGGCAUUGUGGCCGAGCACGCACCAGCGGAUCUCGCGAGUCAAUACGAGGAGAAUCCCAUCGAUGCCUAUCUCCGGGAGGAGAACGAGCGCUACAUCGAGGCGCAGAAACAGGCGCAGCCGCCGACGACCGUACCCCGGCGAGACAGCUGGAUGGACAUGUACGGCUCGCAAGACGCGGACUGGGGCCGACUGCAGCGCGACUGGGACGCGUUCGAGGCGACCGCGACAGGUAUUCGGCCGCUUGCGCAUUACCAGUUCCAGGCUCACAACCCAUAUGUUUUGGGAGAGGCGUCGAGAACUCGGACCCACCAGUUACACGCGGACGCGAGGAACUCGCUGUUCGACAGCGUCUUGGAAAUGGAAGCCGCGGUGCAGCGCGAACCGCUCGAUGCGCUAAAGUGGUUCGAGCUCGGCGUCAAGCAGCAGGAAAAUGAGCGCGAGCAUAAGGCCGUGCAGGCGCUGCGGCGUGCGCUCGAGCUCGACCCGGAACACCUUCCGUCCUGGCUCGCGCUCGCGGUCUCGCACACGAAUGAAGGCAACCGGCAGGGCACGUACUAUGCAAUCAGUGAAUGGGUCGAACGCAACGAGCGGUACCGCGCGGCCGUGGAGCAGUUUCGGCAGGCGAACCCCGAGAGCGAGGAGACUUUGCAGUCGGAGCGCUUUGCGAACCUGAUACAGUGCUUGAUCUAUAUGGCCCGGGAGGACGCUGGGAGAGAGAUUAAUGCAGAUAUACAGAUCGCGCUGGCGGUGCUGUUGAACACGAACGAGGAGUAUGCGAUGGCACAGGACUGCUUUAACACCGCGCUCGCAGUGCGGCCUGAUGACUGGCUGUUGUACAACAGGGUAGGCGCGACUUUGGCUAAUAGCGGGCGGCCAGAAGAGGCCUUGCAGUACUACUACCGAGCCAUCGAGCUGAAUCCAGCCUACAUACGCGCCAGGUUCAACCUCGGUAUAUCCUGUAUCAAUCUCCGGCGAUAUGGAGAAGCUGCGCAGCACAUCUUGGACGCGCUGUUGCUCCAGGACGGUGAUAGCGUGUACGAGCCCUCUGGGGACAAGCGGGGCGUUACCACGCAUGCGCUCUGGGAGAGCUUGAAGACGUGUUGCAUGCAUAUGCAGAGGAUCGACCUGGCGACGCUGUGUGACCGCGAGGAUUUGGAAGCUUUCCGGCUCAACUUCCAGAUGGUGUGAGGUCUAGGCGUGUCGCAAACCUGCUGAGCAGCGCUGUCGCGCUGCCAUCCGUAUCUGCCGUGCGUAAAAUGAACGUGUAGCAUUAGGGACGUUUUGAUCUGUACGAAGGCGUGGUGGUUGUGCAUGCCAACGAACGGCUAGGCUGUCUCGUGGGAACCAAUUCAUUUCUUGCUCAUGGAAGGGCGUUUGCCGGGUCCUA